AUGUCCGAAGCAGCGAACACAAAUACCCCGAAGCCGAGUAGUAGCGUUAAGCUGGUGCUGCUGGGAGAGGCGGCUGUUGGAAAGUCGUCGCUUGUCUUGCGUUUUGUCAACAAUGACUUUCAGGAGAACAAGGAACCCACUAUCGGAGCCGCGUUUCUCACCCAAAAAUGCUCGCUCCCUACACGCACGAUCAAGUUCGAAAUCUGGGAUACGGCCGGUCAGGAGCGUUUCGCCUCUCUGGCUCCCAUGUACUACCGUAAUGCUCAGGCAGCGCUCGUGGUCUACGAUGUCACGAAACCCUCGUCCCUCACCAAGGCCAAGCACUGGGUUGCUGAGCUUCAGCGACAAGCCAGCCCCGGUAUCGUGAUCGCCCUCGUUGGUAAUAAGCUGGACUUGACAAACGAUGGCAGCGAAGCUUCUGGGGAAUCGCCCGCCGAGGCCGAGCAGGAGGCUGCGUCGGGAGAGGGUGAGGAUGAAGCCGCUGGUGAUGACCACCAGGAACAAGGUGCCACCCCCGGCGAUGCCCGUAAGGUCUCGACACGGGAGGCCAACGGGUACGCAGAGGAAGAGGGACUUUUGUUCUUCGAAACCAGUGCCAAGACCGGCACCAAUGUCGUCGAGGUGUUUACUGCCAUUGCCAAUGCCAUUCCCGAGAGUAGCUUGAAGAGCGGACGCGGAGCUGGCGCAGGUACCGGCCAGACUGGACUGGGAGGUGGCCGGUCAACCGAAGAGACCAGAGUCAACCUUGGAGAGAGGACGGCAGCGGCUCCCAAGGAGGGCUGCGCCUGUUAA